AUGCCGGCGACGAUGCCGGCGCUGCAGGAAGAGCUCAAGGCGGCCAGGCAGGCUGUCACGCUGGCCUCACGGCUGUGCCGGAGCGUCCAGAUGACCCUGGGCUCCGCAGAGCACCAGGACAAGCCUGACGACAGCCCCGUGACUGUGGCAGACUAUGGCGCGCAGGCCGUGGUGGCAUGGACCCUGAAGGAGGCCUUCCCUGGCACCCCGCUGUCGCUCAUCGCCGAGGAGGAUGCCGAUGACCUCAGAUUGCCCAGCGGUGCCGCCAUGCUGGACCGCAUCACCGCGCUGGUGAACGAAACGCUGGGCCUGGCGCGCCAGCUGGCGCCCGCCCAGGUGGCCGACCUGAUCGACGCCGGCGGCUCGCCCGGCGGUCGCACGGGGCGGCACUGGGUGCUGGACCCGAUUGACGGCACGCGCGGCUUCGUGGGCCGGCGCCAGUACGCGGUGUGCCUGGGCCUGAUCGAGGGCGAGGAGGUCACGCUGGGCGUGCUGGGCUGCCCCAACCUGCCGCAGGCCGCGCCCGUGGGCCAAGCGAGCCUGGACGCGGAGGCGGCGGGGCGAGACGCGCGCCUCGCCCCGCGCGACUCCGGCUGCCUCUUCCACGCAGUGAAGGGCCAGGGCGCAUGGGUGUGUGGGCUGGCCGGCGGGGAGGUCCCUGCCCGCAUCUCCGCGCAGACCGACCCAGAGGGCUCGGCGGCGGUGUACAUGACGUCCUGGGAGUCGCGCCACAGCAACCACGACCUCACAGACCGGCUGGCCGCCGCCGUGGGGGUUUCGCGCCCCGCCCUGAAGCUGGACAGCCAGGCCAAGUACGGCUUGCUGGCGCGGGGGGACGCCUCCAUCUUCCUGCGUAUGCCCGCGCCGGGGUACAAAGAGAAGGUGUGGGACCACGCUGCGGGUGCGGUGCUGGUCACCGAGGCGGGUGGCUGCAUCUCCGACUGCCACGGGCGGCCGCUGGACUUUGGGGCGGGGCGGUUCCUGGAGGGCCUGCAGGGCGGCAUCAUCGCCGCGGCGCCCCCGACCCUGCACGCCGCACUGGUCCGCGCGUACACAGAGGCUGCCGCUGUCGACGCGUGA